GUCCAACAUGGCCGCGCCCAUGCAGACGGCAGCUUGUUGACGUCUGCUGCACAGUUCAGCCACCAUGCACGCAGACGAAAUCUCCCGCUGUGCUUUGCGGCUUGAGAAACUGCACGCAGACCAAAGCUACGCCGACAUCUUAACUCUCGUCGGCGAGCUUGACAAGACUGACGUCACUGCAGAGCACCUGGAGGACAUCAGCAACGUUCUUUUCAAGAUUCUCAAAGGAUGCUUUGAUGGAGGUGUGAGGAAGGCGGUGAGAUGUUUGCUGUCCAAGUGGAGGAGGCGGUACAGGAAGAGGAAGCGCCUAACAAUGGAUCCUGCAGGUGCCAAGGGUGUGGAUGAAGGAGAUCCCCACUCAUGUAACUCCUCUCCUCCUCCUCUAGAAGGAACCUCUGUAAGGGCCAAAUGUGUUCAGCUCCUCGUCUCCGCCCUCAGCCCCGAACCAUGUGACCUGGGCAAGGCCACGGUGCUGGCGGCAGAGGUCGAGCGGCACAUCCACCGCCUCCACGCACGCAACCAGGUCAAAUACAAAGCCCGCGUGAGGAGCAAAGUGGCCAACCUAAAGAACCCUAAAAGCGGCCACCUUCGCCGCGGCCUCUUGGGUGGCUCCUUGGCGCCCGAGGUUUUUGCCCGCAUGUCGGCCGAGGAGAUGGCCUGUGACGAGCUGCGGCGGCUGAGGAGGGAGUACUCGUCCCGUGGCGUGAGCGAGAGGCAGCUACCGCGUGGGGAGGAAGGGACGGAGACGCGGAAGAUCCACUGUGAGCGGUGCGGCCGUUCAAACUGCAGGGUGACACAGGUGAACCGGGGGGCACUCUUCCUGCCGGCGUGGGUGCGGCGCGGAGGCCCUGAUGAUGACGCGAUGACCUUUGUGACGUGCGGCGGGUGCGGGCGGCAGUGGUACCACAGUCGCUGGGUCUGCCUCUGAAGACUGUCCUGUCCUGUGACGGUACGCCCUGCAGCAAGGUGGCGUUCAAAAGCGCUCCUUCGUCGAGCAGCGCCUGCUGGUCGACAAAAGGCGAGGCUACCUCGGCAUCACACGCUCGUGUUUCCCCAAGACAAAAGUCUCGAAAAGAUGUACUGUCGUAGACAAGUGUAUCAGCUGUGCGAGUCAGAGCUUUUCUUCCUGUCCCACACGCACACAAGUGAUUUGAAGAGUCGUGUGCCGCUGGAUUAAAGUUUCUCACAGGUUGGAACGUAAGCAGUUUGACUGAUCUACUGAUACUGAAAACAUGAGUGGGAAAAAAGUUCAUUUGGUCCCUUAAAACAUUUGUACUUGGGUGAAAACUAUCAGAGGCCCAGGAUAAUGUCCAAAAUGGCUCCUGGUUACAUUUUAGUUGCUUAGCAUCUUUUCCCCUUCUACAGGGAUGUCAAAAAUAUUGUUUGAUAUCGGCAUAAAUAUGAGAUACGGUCUUCAGUAAUCCCUCGUUUAUUGCCCUUGAUUGUAUCCGCACUAAGUGACUCCUUACUUAUAAAUGAAAUAUUUUCGCAGUUGGAGCAUAGAAACCCUGUUUACAACCUUCUAAAUACAGUUUUUAACAUUAUUAGAGCCCUGUAGAUACAAGAUAACACCCCCACAGUCACCUUUACAAUCGCAUUUCCCAGCAUAGUUGGCAAAAUAAGAGCAAAGAAGCCAUUUAAGACAUAAAUAAGACUCGUGCUUGUGUGUGUUGCAAUAAAUGUGUUCCCUCAGCAGUGAUUCCCGACCAGGGUUACACGUACCCUUCGUGAUAUGCAAGCAAAUUGCAGACGGCACGUGGUCACAUUUCAUGUGAUAAGAUGAUCAGUAAAUAUUGUCAGUCGUUUCACAUUAAGACUAAAGGAAAACAAUAAAACAGAACGUGUGCACUGCAGCGAGUUUCUCCAGGGAGACAAUAGCGUGUGGCGCAGCUGCGCCAAAAAUCAUAACAGCUGUGUUACGUCCUACUUUUAGGGGAAUUAUCAGCACGUGUGAGUGAGGGGGUGCUUGGCGGACAGGAAGUGACGUCGGGGAUUCAGAGUUGAGUUCCAGCUUUGCGUGGGUAACGGCCGCAAAAGGAGCUCGUGUUUUUACUCGGGAUUUUUUAUCAGGGGUUAUUGUGCCUGUUGUGAGAUCAUUCCAACCUGCAAUAAAAGCCUGCUGUUCCGGCGAUGGAGUCUGGUGCUUGUGUGUCUCAGCCAACAUUACAGUAACGUUACUGACACCUAGUGACCAGCAUAGAGUACUACGUACCAUCAAAGUCUUUGCAUGCGUCGUCUGAAUGCCUUACAUUGGUAUUUUAGUUCAUUUUUAGGCUUGAAAAUGCUUCAUGUUUGCGAUGUAAACAUGGAAGCUACCAAAAGAAAGAUUAGACUCCUGUCUUUCAUCAGUUUCCUUCUUUUUUGGUUCUUUAGUAAUCAGCAUUAGAACGGGUACGUUUUGGGGAAAUACCAGUUCCCGACUUGAAAAGGGAACAUUUCAAGCAUAAUCUUCACCUUGUCACAAAUAUUUGGUGCUUUUGUGGCAGCUGAAAUAUAUAAACUUUACCAACAUAACACAAAAAUGUUUUUUUACAUCAAAAUAAUGUAUUUACAAAUGUAACACCAUGAACGAUGUACAGUUUUCACAUUUGGGAGUGUGUGCAUGUGCAUGCGUUAACAUCUCCUGACAAUGCUAACCUUCUGCACGCUACACUCAUCCACGCUCUCUCACUUCCUCCUUCCUGUCACGUGUGUUUGUCCACACGAUCUCUGCCGAGCUAUUAUCAAGUGCACUUCUGACACUUUGUGGCCGUUUUUAUGGCGUAAAAUUGCUCUGAAAGUGAAAACCAUCAGUGGGGAGUUGGGUCAUCACCUCUUUUUGCCUCUCGCCCUAAAACACAUGAAUACGUUGUCGGGAUCGGACGUUCGGGUUUCUAAACACGAAUGUUACGUCUUUGGUAUGAAUGAGUUUAUAGAUUUUUGAAACACCGUGAUGGGUGAAACCGCGAAAUUCGAAGGGCGAGGUGGCUGCCGAUGGGCGACUCUAUGUUUUUUCUGCCAAUAAUGAUAUCGACACGAGUGAUAUCGUGGUGUUCCACGCAGCAACAAGCUUGCUAGCUCAGGAUGUCCAUGGUGUGGAAUUAUCACCAAGUUGGCCUUUAGAUUGUAAAUAUGCUGCCGUUGGCUGGUGUACCCCGUCUCUCACCCGAAUGCAGCUGGGAUAGGCUCCAGCAUACCCCCGCGACCCUAGCGAGGAUAGGCAGCGUAGACGAUGGAUGGAUGGAUGCAAUUUGUGAUGAAAGUUGUGCAGAUGUUUGUUUUGCAUCGAAAUGAUGACUUACUGGGAUUCUUAUUUGUGGAUUUAUUCAGACAAACCUGCCUUACUAGUUGGUAGCAAGAGGACUAAGUUGGUCUUUUUCAAGACGAAACGUUCAAAUGGUUCACUUUUCCUAGGACUUGCAUGGCACGGUGCGUUGCCGCAAAGCAGUCACGUCGUUCCGACGGGGAAUGUUUGUUGCACUCACGAGCAAUUUCAGAUGAAAUUGAAAUACCUUUUUCUCUUUUGUGGCAUUUCAGAUGUUUUUAUUCAAACCAGAUGUUGCUGACGGCUUGUGAUUGUGAUCUGUCUCGGGUCCUUGCUUGCGUUGGGAUCUUGGAGGUGAAGGAUUUCACCCUUUCAGUCCCGGUGAACAAUUGUUGGUGUUUAUUAUCAACACAGCCAGGCCAGCACGGCCUAACUAUUGCAGGGCGUCCAAAGUGCAGCCCUGUGGCACAGAAGAAAAAUACAAUUAUUCCAAAAGACUUUCAGAAAAACAGCGAAAAGGGGUAUUGUAGGGAAAAACAGUUGAAAUGCAUCCAUCCAUCGUCUACCACUUAUCCGAGGUCGGGUCACGGGGGGAGCAGCCUAAGCAGGGAAACCCAGACCUCCCGACUACUUCAUCCAGCUCCUUCCUUCCUCCUUCCAUUUUUCUAUUGUGUUUUAGAUUUUCAUUUGCUGCAUUUGGUCACUGAUCACUGAUGUUUGAGUUUUUAAUCUGCCAUUACUUAAUUCAGAUAUUUUUCAUUUCAUCCACCCCUUCCUCCUCCCCGGCUACUUGGUCCAGCUUCUCCAGGCAGAUCCCGAGGCGUU